UUUUGUUUGGCAAAUUCAUAUACACAUUUAUUAACAUAUUAUAUAUGACUAACAUUUUUUUUGCCCAUAUGCACGCUAUUAGUGAUUAGCUAUAUAGCUUUUUUUAAUAUUAAAAAUAAACAAAAAUAAUGCGCAACAAUUAGCCAUGACAAUUAUACGUAGUGAUUGAUAUUUAUAGAAGAUAGAUAUAAUGAGAUUUGAAUGGAUUUUAUUACGAUUGAAUUAUCAUCCAUUCAAAUUCCCAAACAAAACAAAAAAUGUCAAAUGCUACAUGAACCUUAUUGUAUGAAUUCUAUCUAUGUUUCCAUGUUGUUGUCACAUGUUUUCUUCGUUCAUCAUAUCGAUCAAUCAAAUCAAUAACCAUGAUCCAAGUUAUGAUGAUAAAUUCGAUGCAAACAUUUCGUGUAUUGAUUGGACCUGGAUGUAGACAAUAUGAUGAUGUUUCCGUUAUUAUUGAUGAACCAAAUGAUUAUUAUGUAUCAAUGGAACAGAAUGAUGAUAAUAAUAUUCGAACGACAGCACCACGAAUCAGCAUAUUGCCAACAUUGACCGUUGCCACUGGUGGAUUCAUUGUACAUUUUACACCAAAAUUAACUGGAACAUAUCAGAUUAGAGUUUUAUUAAACAGUGUCAAUAUUGCUGGCUCACCAUAUUCAGUGGAAGUAUUACCAUUACCGAUAUUACCUACAAUUACGGAUGAAGAUUAUCAAUUACUUGAACAAGAACAACAAGCACAACAAGUUCGUGCAUAUGGACCAGGUCUGGGACCAGUUUGUCAUGUAAAUCGUUUAGGUCAAUUUGUUGUCGAUCUAAAACAAGUACGUAACAGUGGAAAUACUUCUGUUGCUUGUGUUACAAGUGUCAAAGUGAUUGUCGAAGGACCAUCACAUGCAGCAAUCUAUUGUAAAGAUAAUGGUGAUCGUAGUUGUUCAAUAGCAUAUAUACCAACAAAAAUUGGUAUAUAUUAUAUAUCAGUAUUGUAUAAUAUGUAUCAUUUAUCCAAUUCACCAUAUCGUGUGGAAGUAAUAAAUGAUGAACAAAAAUUUCAAUCAAUCGAAGAUAUGAUGAAAUCCACCACUAUCCAUCGAAAAAUGUAUCAUUAUCAACAACAACCACAACGAUCUAAAUCAUUUAAUGCAUCAAUUCAACGAAGAAGUAUUCUUUAUUGAUUACAGAUUCAAAUCAUCAUCAUUAUUCAUAUAUAAUCCAUAUAUUUUCCUUAUUAUUAUCGUCGCCUUUGUUUUGGCAUGCCGCAAAAUGUUGUAUUGAUUGAUUGUAUUGCUUGUCAAAUUGUUUUCACUAACCGUAUUACUACUACUACUACUACUACUACUACUGCAUAUUGGUGAACGAUCAACAAAACAAAAACAAAACAAAACAAAAAAGUUAUAAAAUAUGAUGACCAAUGCAACCAAAAUUCUCUCUU